AUGUAUGGAGCUGUGGGGGAAUUGGCCAAUGGAGUGGUUGCAGUUCCUCUUCAAAGUUCGACGACAGAGCCAGAACCUAGUGAUGUGCAAGUAAGCCCCUUGGAACCCGAAGGAGCUUUAGCUGCGAGAGAACAGGCGGGUGUGCUGGAUCAUGAGCUUCAGGUUGCGAUGGAGGACUCUGCAGAGGGAGCGGUUCAGGUUUCUGGGCAGGCUUUAAUGGGGAGUCAGACGUCAAUGGCAGCAACCGUGGCUUUACAAGAUGGAAGCGUGCAUGGUGUGAGUGCUAACAUGGAGGUUCAGCAGGGCACGUCUGCUCUUACAGUGGUGCGUUGGAUUUCAAGGCUGAAUGAUUUCUUGACAAACCAAGGCCAGUCGGUUUUAGGUUUUCUCAGAGGGCUCCAUGGCUUUAUGGACGAGGAGGUGAUCUCCGCGGACUUCCUCAUCAACAGCGUGGAGGGCACGAAGGCGCACAGUACCAGGGUGAUCUUCGCGGACUUUCUCGUCAACAGCUUGGAGGGCACGAGGGCGUCCAGCACCGAGGUGAUCUUCAUGGACUACCUCAACAGCGACUAG